AUGCAAGACCAAGUGACAAAUGCAAUGGAAAGUGCCCGAGAAGCCGCUGCAACUGUUGGUGAACGCGUUAGCGACUUCUUUCAAGGAAACCCUUUUGCAACGCCGUGCGGUCGCAAAGUCGAAAUGGCUACGGACGCUUCGAUUUUAGCAACUGAAAACUGGGGCUUAAACAUGGAAAUUUGCGAUUUUAUUAAUAAUACUCCUGAAGGAGGUCGAGAUGCUAUACGAGCGAUUCGUAAACGUUUACAUACACAAAUGUCUAAAAAUAAUGCAAUUGUUAUGUAUACUUUAACAGUACUUGAAACAUGUGUGAAAAAUUGUGACAUCACCUUUCAUGAAUUGGUUUGCCAAAAAGAUUUUAUUAAUGAAUUGGUUAAAUUAAUUGGACCGAAAUUCGAUGCACCACAAAUCAUACAAGAACGAGUUUUAAGUCUAAUCCAAGUAAGAUUUUAUAAAAAUUUCAAUAUAAAUUUGACUGUAUAA